AUGAGCCAUCCCUAUAGCAGCCGAGCACAAAUCCGUGCCAAUCUGCUGAAUGAUGAUCCAUACUCAUUCAACUCUCAAAGCCAAGCCCAGCCCCAGACAAUGCCUAGACCGCAACAACACCGACAAUAUCCAAGACCACAGCAAAGACAAUACCCACCGCAGCAACAGCAACAGUAUUAUCAACAACCUAACACGUUUGUGGGCCAUCCUUUACAGCAAUACAACAACUAUUCUGUUCCUCAACAACCCCAAAUGUACCAACAACCUAUUGCGCAAUACCCACGUCAGCCAAAGGCUAAUGAACAACAUCCACAUUUGCAAGGUCCAAGGCCACAACCUGUUGCAUACGGUGAUAAUUAUAAUUCGGCCCCUGGUCCUUCGCGGCCCUUUGUACACCAACAUCACCAAUCUCUUCCUUAUCACCCCGAAUAUGUCUCUCCCAGACCUCAGCCUCAGGUGAGAUCCAGUUCAUAUACUGGACAGUCUAAUGAUACACAACUACAAAACAGUUCGAAUGAUUAUCAGAAGUCCAUUGCACCAACCGAGCCUUUAAGAUUAGGCUCUCGCCCUCAUACCAGCGAAAGCAGUGCCGCGAAGGAAAGAACUGGCAACAUGAGCGUGCCCAUAUCUUCUCUUGAUAACGACAGAAUUAAUCAGCUGGAAGAUAAGAUCCAACAGCUUGAGAAAAUGCUGGCUCUACAGGAGCUUGGGUCGAAGAAUAAUUCUCUGACCUCAGUUUCAAGCGGUGGAAGUAGUGUUGUGACGAAGGACAACUUGAAUUUUGUCAAUCCGGUCCCAGGAACUAGCAAAUUGAGUUUGCCGAUGACUCCUGAUAACAAAGCAACAUCACAAGAAUCACCAACCAAUGAAUCUGUCUUGGCACCUCCACUGCCUCCACCUCCUCCUAUUGAAAGACGCUCAAUUGCUAAUAGUCCUGUUGCUAACGCGUUUUUAGCGUCAGGGUUUGAGAACUCCAAUACGCGGGACAGUGUAUGCUCUUUAAAUUCAGACGAGAAAGAACUUGUUGGAAGUCUUCAAGACUCGCCCGAAAAACGAUCUGCUGACUUGAGCUCGGACCUGCCUCCUUCCUAUGAGGAAUUGGAGAAGUCGGGAAGUUUGACUUAUUCCCAGUCGAUCUACCGCACUGGUUUUGAAAAAGCUGGAUUUCACUUGGAUCACAUGGAAAUCCCCAAGAGAGCUCCAAAGUUGAUGAAUUCAGGUGGAAGUGACCAGUCUUCGCCAAUGCUCAAAUAUAAAAGAAAGCUUCCUCCUCCGGCCUCAGACUCUGUCGAUACGAUUCUGGGUGGUCAGAAGGAAAGCAUUCUGGCGCGUCCAUCUCAACCUAAGGCUCCUCAAAGACUUGAAAGUGAGUCCAGUGUGAGCUCAAGUAUUUACAGUGAGCCUCAAAAUAAAGCUGUUGGAUCCUCUCUUUCUCACCAGACAGCGCAGAGGGCUCCUGUUUUGCCGAAACCUGAUACAGAGAAAACCGACGUGUUGCAGAAUACUGUACGGUUCAUCAAGCCAUCAUCUUUCAAGAAACACACCAGCGGAAUCAUUGAGCCUAUUCUUCCAUCAAAAUCUGAAGAAUCUGUGGACAGUUUGAUCAACGAUUUCGGUGUUAUCAGAGAUAAAGCAUUCAAAGAUUAUAAAGUGUUCACUCCUUCAAUUCAGUUUGAGUGGGCGAUUUAUCUUCUGGAGGCUGUUUCUCGCUCUGACUUGAUAUCCAAGAUGGCUAUCGAUGGACGUUUGAGAAAAUCUCCUAUUCCUUUGACAUCUUUGGGUCCCCAAAGAGAACAAUUUUUGAACACAGCAGUUAAAGUUCUUGAGAAAGUCAUUCAAAUAUCGCCUAACUCCACUAGAGCUAGAGUGUAUCUUGGAGAUAUUUACUCUGGAGGAAUUCAUCCUGGCGUUUUGCCAAAGAAUGAGGUCAAAGGUUAUAAGCUUUUCUACGAUGCAGCUACCAGACAAAACGAUCCUGUCGCCUGUUACAGAGUUGCCUGCUGUUUGGAAUCGGGUGUGGGAUGCACCAAGAGUGUUGAAGAAAGUUGCCGGUUUUUCCAAAAGGGAGCUGACCUUGGAGAUCCAUCUUCGAUGUGUCAACUUGGUAUGUUGUGUUUUGCAGGUGUCAAUGGGUUCGCACUAGAUAUUAAGAAAUCUGUUUAUUGGCAUGAGAAAGCCUGUGAGGCAUUGAAGAACCCCGAAAUCAUGGGAUCCGACCCAUUGAUUUCCGCAAGAUCGUUCAGUGACUCUAGAGGAGCUCUUUAUACCUUGGCUAAGCUUCACCAAACCGAUCUCAACAUUCUAUGUUUGGAUAGGGACACCUCAAAGACCCAAGCCACGCUGAACCAGAUGAGACAGGCUGGAAUAUUCAGAAACGUUUCAAAGACGUUAAGUUACUACCUUGAAGCUGCCAAGUUAGAGCAUCAAGAGUCUCAAGCUUCCCUAGGAUUCUAUUAUGCACAAGGAUAUUUCCCUACGAGUCACUUCAAGUCCGAUAAAGAUUCUAUGGGAGGAACUCCUGUUCCUUCGGAUCCAAGAAGAUCUAUCUACUGGUUCUCGAAAGCUGCUGCAGAAAAUCACCCAUAUUCGUCCUUAGGUUUGGCCAAAUGGUACGGAUCAGGAGCUCAAGGAGUGUUGAAGAAAGACGAGCAACAAGCAUUUCUUUGGGGCCGCAAAGCAGCUGACGAAGGACAACUUGCAGAAGCUGAGUUUAUGAUCGGUUUAUGCUUUGAGCAAGGGUUUGGAAUUCCAAAGAACUUCCAAUCUGCCGUUGCAUACUAUAAACGAAGCGCUUCUAAAGGUUACAAGAAGGCGUUGUCCAAGCUGAAGCAGUUCAAAGAGCAAAACCCAAGCUCGAGAUAUUAA